CACACACACAUGGAGUGGUACCACCCCCUUUGCCUGAACAGUCCCGUUAGCUCUCCUCUCUUUGACUCAGUGCAGUGGCUCUCCGCAGAUGUGUGCGCUCACCUCCUCCAGCUAUGAAACAAAAAGUGAUGCACAGUCAGGACGGCUGUAACCUGAACACGCCGAUGGAGAAGAAGAACAUCGAGUGUCACCGCUGUGGAGAGCCCUGCAAAGGACAGGUGCUGCGUGUCCAGAACAGACACUUCCACAUCAAGUGCUUCACAUGCAAAGUGUGCGGCUGUGACCUCUCUCAGUCUGGCUUCUUCCUAAAGAAUGGGGACAGCCUGUGUCCUGUGGACUUCCGGCGUCUCCACGGCACCACCUGCACCAACUGUGGGGACUUUGUGGAGGGGGAGGUAGUCACCGUGCUGGGCAAGAGCUACCAUCCCGCCUGCUUCGUCUGCACCAUUUGCACACAGCCCUUCCCUGCCGGAGAUUGUGUCACAUUCAGUGGAAAAGAGUGUAUCUGCCAGAGAUGCCUUCGACCUAUGUCUCCUCCAAAUAACAAGCCCAAACUCCCCAAUAACUGCACUGGCUGUGGCAGAGACAUAAAGAAUGGCCAAGCGCUGGUGGCUUUAGGAAGACAUUGGCACCUGGGCUGUUUUAAGUGUAAAGCUUGUAGCCAGGUCUUGAGCGGGGAAUACAUCAGCAAGGAUGGUGUUCCAUAUUGUGAGAAAGACUACCAGCUUCAGUAUGGAGUCCAGUGUGAAGCAUGUCAGAAAUUCAUCACGGGUAAAGUCCUUGAGGCAGGAGACAAGCACUACCACCCCAGCUGUGCCAGGUGCUGUCGGUGUAACAAAAUGUUCGCAGAAGGAGACGAAAUGUAUCUACAAGGGUCAUCUAUUUGGCAUCCAGAUUGCAGACGGGGCAGCAGAAGUGAAGACAGUUCUAUGCCCAGCAGCUCCAGAACACCCUGUCUCCAUUAUUUCUUCUCCCCACAUCAUCUUAAGCCCACACAGUCUUCCUCAGAGAGCUCCUGCUCCAGACCAGGCUCAUGCACCCCUGGGAGCCCUGGGCGCUCCCUCUGUGCAAAAGUAGAUAAUGAGAUCAUUGAUUACCGAGACUUAGCAGCAAUUCCCAGAGUCAAGGCUAUAUAUGAUAUAGAGCAUCCUGAUAUGAUUUCGUAUAAGUGUUCGAACAACAACUCCUCUGGUUUGGACAACAAAGGCAGCGGACAACACAGUGUCAGCCCUGCCGAGUCUCCUGCCAAUAUGUCAGUAAGCACAGAGGAUAGUUAUGAAUUAAGGAGGCAUAUACCGAGAUCAUCAACACAGCAUGCUUUUGGAGCUUACGCCGCUUACAAACGUCAUAGUUACACACCAUCCAGGUCUCCUCAGCACUUCCACAGACCAGGCUUGACAGUUUUCUCCUCUUUGCACUCUGGACACAAUGGUCCCACUUCCCCUUUAAGUCACAGCCCUGUAUCUCCUAAGAAAGACUAUGCCUACAACAUGUACUCAAGACCUCCAAUAUACAAGCAACAUGAUUUGAACUUGACGAACCAGACCUGCUCUCUACCAGGGUAUGCACGCAACAGCCUCACUCCGCUGCAAAUGUCAGCCGAUUACACACAGUACAAUGGCAUCAUGAACAGAGGUAAUGCCCAUUCAUUGUUAAUGCUCAUCUAUGGCACUCAGCUUGCACGGAUGGGCAGAGGCAUGUCUUUGCCUAAUUUAAUGGAGCCAAAAAUUUAUCCAUAUGAAAUACUCACAGUUACCAAUAGGGGGCGAGUGAAACUUCCCAGGGAUGUAGACAGGACUAGCCUUGAGCGGCAUCUGUCACCUGAUACAUUCUUUGAACUUUUUGGCAUGGAACUCCACGAAUUUGACCGGCUUCCUCUUUGGAAACGGAAUGAAAUGAAGAAAAAAGUGGAUCUUUUCUGAAUGCUGCCUUCCUUACAUAUGCAAUAUAUAUAUACUAUGAUAUCUUGAAAAUGUCACCAACCACCACAUUUAUUCGUGUGUGUUUUCCACUUUAUUGCUGACCUUAUUGUAGGCCUAUCACAUUGUAUGUACCUCAAAGCACAAACGAACACAAGAAACUUAUAGAAUAACUUUGGCAUUGCACUUUGUUCAUUUUUCACAAUUCUGCACAAAGCAACUUUUCUUUUUAAAUGUGUAUUCCAGUGGCAAAGCAAACAUAAUCCAACAUUGUUAUAUUUUCCAGAAUAGUAAAAAGAUAUUUACUAUUAUUAUAUUUUUGUAAUGUAGCCAGUGUUCUCUCAUUUGGGCUUGGGCUACCAGAAUUAGGAUAAGGAGAACAUAAACAUUUUUAUACAUGUGUUAUGUUAGGUAAGACCAUACAGUUCACUACCCUGCAAAAUGGUGUUUUACCCAAUAAGGACAGCCUCCUAAAUCCAAAACCACUACCUGUAUAAAAAACAGUUGCACUUUUUUGCCAUGUUGAAUUUGAAUGAUGAAAUAAACCUGCAGUAUGACUUCAA